AUGUGUGGAGGUCGCGGGCGGGGGGUCGUUCACCCGGCCGUUGAACCUCCGCUGGGCUUAGGCCGGAGGCCGGCAUCUGCCCUACCUCAAUGCCCCACGCGUGGGCACGGCGAUGACGUCACGAGUGGCAUCGAGGCCCGCGGCGAUAUCCAAGCAACUCGGGCGCAAAUACUCCGGAAGCGCAGUGCCGCCGAUCGAUAUGACGGGGUAAACAUGGCGGUCGUCAUGGCAACGCGGCGGGAGAUUUCGUCACUUCCGCCCCCCUGGCGCCCCCACCAGACCGCCCUGCCCGAGCUUCCGUGCAAUGGUGUCGGGCAUCCCGCGCCAGUGACCCUGACAGUAGGAGACGGCACGGAUGGCGCAAAGACCAGGGCCGCG